AUGUGUAUGAAAAAUAUGAAACUAAUUUUGGCUUAUUCUUUAUUUUUUUUACACAUUUUACGCAACAAUGUGCUAUGCAAGAAUACCAGAGAAUACAACUUACUAGGGAAUGCACUUAAAAGUGGUAGUAUAGUUGAUCACCUUCAAGUUAUAAUAGAAGGGAAAUAUAGAAAUAUUUUGUCUGAAGUUAAUGAGACUUUAUUAUCUUCAAUAGAAAAUAAUGAAUCAGUGCCAAUUGAAAUUUUAUUAUCUACGAUAAAAUUAUUGGAUGAUAAAAAUAAAGAAACUGAUGAUGCAUCCAAAAAAAAAGAUAUUGAGCAAACAAUUUUAUACAUUAAAGACGCCAUAAAAAAUUAUUUAGGGAAUGUUGCAAAUAAUGAAGAAAAUGAUAUAACAAAAUUAAAUAAAAGUAAUUUAAUGUUAAAAUUAGAUAAUUAUUAUACUAAAAGGGAUCUUGAAAACUUGAAAAAAAAAAGUAAUGAUAUUAUAUUGAGAAAAGCUAAUUUAGGAAAAAAUUUAAAAACAUUUAGUACCUCUAGUGAAUCAUUAUUAUUUGGUGCCCCAGGUGAUCUUAAUUUAUCCGAUGACAGUGUAAAAGAAUUAAAUAAUGUGAUAUCUAUUAAAAUUUUAAGACAAAGAAAUUAUAAAGAUAAUUUCCCAUUUACUAUGGAAUCCGAGCCUGGAGUUCUUAACAAAUUAGUAGAUUUAUAUACACCUUUACUUGAUUUUAAUUUAGAUUCUUUAGAAAAAUAUAAAAAUAAUGAAAUAAAAUACUAUAAUGAUUCUAAAAAUGAAAUUUUUUAUUUAUUGCGUGAUCAUAUGAAUCUAGGAAAAUUUUUAUUGAAACUUCCUAUUAGUAAAAUGCCAAAUGCUAAGCCGAAUGAUGAUAUAAAAGAAAGUAGUGAUGUUGAUAAUAAAAUUUAUACAUAUGAGAAUAAUAAUAUGGAAAAGGACAAGAAUGCAAAAGAUUAUUCCUUAGGUGCAUACAGUACAAACCCAGUUUAUACAUAUUCAAGUAAAAUUAAAAAAAUUCCUAUAAAUAAACCCAAUGGAAAUAGUGAACCAAAAUCUCGAAUUAGCUAUUUAUUGCAGAAAAAAAUGGACCGAACUCAUUUGAACAAACCCGAAAAAUACUAUAAUCAUCAAAACGGGUUAAUUUACAAAAUUAGACCAAAUGGGUAUAAUAGCCAAUUCAUAAAUUCAAAUAAUGAGAAUGCGGAAUAUUAUAAAAAACACAAUAAUAUAUUAUUUGAAAUUAUAAUAAAAUCACAUUCAUUAACAAAUAAUGAUACUUGCAAAAAAAUUAUAAUAAUAAAAAAAAAUGGCGAAAAUGGUUCAAGCGAAAAUAGCAUAUCUGAAGAUACAGAGAUAAUAUAUGACGGUGAUUCUGCAAAAAAUUGUUUACAAUAUUCUAAAAAAAAUGAUGAUUUAUAUUAUGUUAUACCAUUAAUACAUUUUAAUGAUACAUCAAAUAGUAUGCGCUGCUUAUCAUGUGAUGAUUACGAAAAAGGAAUACAUAAUAAAUGUCUAUUCAAUGAAAAAUUUGUGCAUCUAAAUUACGAUAAUAAAUGUAUUGUUUGCAUUCCAUCUAAUGCUAUUAGUAAUUGUUUAUUUAAUAGUCGAAACGUAAAUAUAGAUUCAUGUAAUGGUUGUUGCAAUUCCAUGAACCGUUUACCUCCUAAUGAUAAUAGAUUCCAUGCAUUCAAAUAUAUGUUCCCUUCAUGCAAAUACAUAUAUAGAGGCAUAGAUCCGCAGGAUAAUAAUAACGGUGAUUGCGAUUCUUGUAUAUAUUAUAGACAGGAAGAGCCAAAUUUUAAGCUUGGAAAGAUGAAUAAACAUAGAAAUAAAAGAGUAUAUGCAACGAAUCACAAAAAACUGAAGGAUAAGGAUAAAGCAUACAAUAGAAAGAAUAAUAGACACCCAAUUGGAGAGGAAUCAAAUGAAAACGAUAUUGAUGAAUGCAUGUUCUUCGGAUGUGUAAACGACGAAUAUUAUGAUGAAUACGAAAAUUACAAUAUAAAAACAAGAGAAACAAUUAAGUUAAGUAGUAGAGUUUUUGAUCCUAUAAACUUGAAAAAAAAUCAUAGUGAUUAUGCAUAUAAUGAUGAAGAAGUUAAUGAGAAUGUGAAUAAGGAAGGGUAUAUUAAAAAUGAUAGAAAAAAUUUUGAAGACAUAAAAAAGAUGUACGAAAAUGUUAGCAAUAAUUUAGAAAAUGAAAAAAAUAGGGAUACUGUAAAAGGUUCAAGUGAUUCGGAUAAUUAUGAUGAUAGUGAAAUUGAUCAAGAGCCAAACAAUAUAGAAUAUUUUAAAAAAUUAUAUUAUGAGAUUAUAAGCAAUAAUAAUGAUAAUGAGAGUAAUAAAAAUGGUGAUAAUGAUUAUUAUGAUGAAACCAUCGAUAACUUUUAUAGUCUACGAUUUUUUUAUAAAACCAAAAUAUUUACAAAAAAGAAAAAAGCAAUAAAUGCAUAUAUAAAAACAAAUAAGAUAAGUGCCGAUGAUAACAAGAGAAAUAUAUUGUUUUUAUUUAAAAAAUUAUUUAAAAAUGUUUUUAAGGAUCUGGAUUACAAAAUAAAAGACUCAGGAGUAAGCUUAUCUCCAGUUAUUAACGAUUCAAAUAUUAUAGGAUUUGAUGUCGAUUUUGGAAGAGUAGAAGUUCAAUAUGCUGGUUGUAUAAACAUGCUUCGUUAUUCUGUAUUUGAUAUUCAAAACAUGGCUAUCUAUUUUAUUACUCCAGAUAAAAAAUACAUUUUGCUAGAAGAUGUUAUAAAAGAAAUAAAUGAUGGGAAUGAAAAGUAUAAUGAUUAUAAUAAUGAAGAUACAGAAGAAUAUAUUAAUGAAAAUAUGCACAAUGAUAUUGGUGAAAAUUCAAAUAAAAAUAAUGAAACCUCCAACAAUGAAAAUAGUUUAACUUUAAAUGAAAAUAAUUCUCGUAGUAUUUUUGGAAAUUUAGAAUUAAAAUUGAAUAAUACAUAUAAUCAAACGGAUAAACCAUCUGUCCAAGAUAAUAAAAAGGAGAUUGACGAUAAAGAAAAUUCAUAUGAACCGAAUAAAGAUGAUUAUUCUAAAAAUGGUGGAAAAGACUCAUUAGAUGAAUUAAAUAAAGAUCAAGAAGAAAAGCAUGAAUUGUUGGAUAAAAUACUAAACGAAUUUAGAAAUGGGAAAGUAAAAACACCAGCACUAAAUGAAUUAUCAAAAGUUUUAUCAGAAUAUGGUAAUUUAUUAUCAAAAGAGGAUUUGAAGGAGAUUAAGAAUAACCAUAAAAACGUUGAUAUUCAUAAGGGUAAUAAAGAAAACAAUGAUUCUAUAGAAAUAAUAAUAAAAAAAAAUAGUAAAUAUAAUGCAAGAAAAGGAAAAACUAAUGAUAAAGAUAAUAUAGCCAAUGAGUCAAAUGACCAGAGUGAGUUUAUUUCCAUUGAUCAGGAUGGAUAUAAAAUAAUUAAUGAGACAUUGAGAAAAUAUAUGGAUAAAUAUUUUAGCGUUCAUAAUAUUCUCAUACAUUAUAUUGAAAAUAAUGAUAUUUCCAAAAAGGCAAUUCAUAUUACAUCUGAUAUUGAUGCUAAUUUAGAUAUGCUUAAAUCCAGUAUUUUAGCUAUUUCUAAUACUAAUGGGGAAUCAAUAGAUGAUUUUAGGUUAUUCCUUAUACCUAAUGAUAUUGAGAAAUAUGAUCCAAAUAAAUUAGAAGAUAUACCAUCAUUUAUAAGAACUGCAAAUGAUUUGCAUAAUUAUAGUAAAACAAAAAAUAUGAAAAUUUUAAUAGCAUCUGUACAUGGUGGUCCUGGUAUAAGUAUCGAGCCACAAAUCUUCAACUAUUUAUAUGAAUCAAAUAAUGAUACCUCAUAUAAUGAAUCUGCAUUAGAUGUAAAAGAAGGAAAAGAAUCUACAAAUACUGAACUGGAAUUAAAUGGAUCUCACUAUGAUGAUGAAGAAAACAUGGACAAUGUUCGGAUUUUAGAAAAUGAAAUAUAUGAUACUACUAAAAAAGAAAUACAACCUAAUGAAAUUGUAAAAAACGGAAUAGAAGACACCAAAUUAAGGGGGAAAACAAGUGGAUCAUCUGAGGAUUCAAACAAUUCUGACAAUAGUGCAGAGGCGAAAACAACUGACGAAAAUAAUGCAGAGCACAACGAUGAGGAUGCAACCGUUUUUGAAAAUAAUAAUCAGUACAAUACUCCAAAUAAUUUCAAUAAUAUUAAAAUAUAUAUAGAUAAUCCAAAUAGAAAAAUAACUAUAUUAAAUGGGGUUGUAUUCAAAAAUUAUACAUUAAAAUUGCUUAUAAUGGAUAUUAUGAACAAGAUAUUACAUACCCCUUCAAAUUUUGUAGACUUAAACUCGUAUAAAAAAGGAAUAUCCACAUUUGGUAUAUUUGAUUGUUUAGAAUAUUAUUCUUAUAAUACAAAAUCGAAUAUUAUUAGUUCUUUAUUAUUUGAAAAAAAUAUAAAAUUAAUGGAUAUAUUAAAAAAUCUUAAUAGCAAAGGUGAAUAUUUAUUGAUAAAAAAUAAACAAAGUGAAUAUUGUGAUGGUGUAGAUAAUUUGAAAUAUGUAAAAAUCCCAUCGAUAAUUAAUUUAAAAGCACCAAAAGAGAUAUAUUUAGAAUUUCCAAUAUUCCACAUAGAUGAACGUUAUAAUUUUGUUCAUAACAAAAUAAGUUUUAUGAAUGUACCAGAAGAUUAUACAGCAUCCAAAUUAUGUAGUGUAAUAAAAAAUAUAUUGAAUGAAGCAUUAGAAGUAUAUGAUUUAGAUCCUAUAAAAAGUUUACAAAUAUAUAAUAUAAUAGAAAAUGAAUGGGAAUCCAUUGAAGAUCAUGUUUUGGUUCACGAAAUAAAAAUGGACAACAAUUAUUUAUAUACAUUAUUUAUUCAUGAUACAUUUUUAACUAAAAGAUAUUAUCAAGCUAUGUCUAAUUUAAUUAUUGAUUUAUUAAAUAAUAAUAUUUAUAUUAAAAAGUUAGACGUGUAUAUUGAUUAUAAUUAUAGCCCUUACACACUUUAUAAUAUACCCAUACAUAUGUCUUUUUUGAAUUUAAAAUAUUUACUUUUAUAUCAUACAAAUGCAUAUUUGUCAGAUUCAUUUUUGAAUGAAUUCUUUUUUACAUAUAAUGAAAAAUAUCUUCAAAUUUCAUCUGUUAAUGAUAUUGAUAAUACAUAUAAUCCUAAUAAUGAAGUAGAUGAUUAUAUUUAUGAGGAAGAAGAAUAUGAAGAAAGUAAAAGUAUCUUUAGUUUUUUAACUAGUUGUACCAGAAAUAAUAAUAAAAGAUAUAGUCUGUUUUUACUUAAUAUGGUGAAUACAUUUUAUAAAAUAAAAUUGAAUUCGAAUAAAAUGAUGCAACCAAUAUUGGAAGAUUUACUCAAAAUAUCUGGGAAAAGCUCAAAUGAAAAUAUUAUAGUUGAAAUAAAUAAAUCAUCUACAAAGUUAAAAAAUAUCGAAAUAUAUUUAGGAAAUAAUUCCAAAAAAUUAAAAGUAAAAAAUGUACCAUUAAAUUUAUUAGUAUGGAGAUUUAUAAAUAUGUUAUUAAAAGGAUCUUUUAAUGUACCAAUAGAAGAUCAAGAUAAAUUAUAUAAUUUAUUUGUAUUAGUCCCACGAGAUAAAGAUGCAAUGAUUAACCGUGAUUAUUAUAUUUCUACAAAACCAGGGUAUACUAUUGAAAAGUUAUUAAAGGUAGUUGGAGCAAAUAAUCUAUGCUUAAUUAAAGCGUAUCCAGAUAAAUUGACACAUAUUAAAAAUAGUACAUAUUAUUAUGAAUAUGCUAUGUUUAGUUUCGAUGCAUUACCCAAAGUUAUUGAUUUUUCAAAUCCAAUUGGAUUAUUAAGCUUUUAUGUUAAUUAUAAAAAUGAAAAUAAAUUAAUUAAUAUAACCAAUGCACCUGAAAAUAUAACUCCAGAUAAGUUGCUAAAAACGAUUCUUUUAGAUAUGUACUCUAAAUGGCAAAAUUUUCCUAAAGAUGAAAAAAUCAAAUUUUCAUUAUUUUUAAAUAAUGAAGAAAUAAAAAAUAUAAAAGAUUAUAUUAGUUCAGGAAAAGAAGCACAACUACGUACAUUAAUUUCUUUAGAUAAAAAACAUAGUUAUAGUAAUAAUAAAAAGAAGUUCGUAGAAAUAGACAAAAUACCUGAAACAAAUUCUAUAAAAAUUCAAGAGGCUGAAUUAAAAGCAAUGCAACUAUAUGAUAAUGUGUUAAGAGAAAUUUUAUCUAAAGGAAAUAUAGAUUAUAAUAAUAUAAGUGUUACUGGAUAUACAAUAUCAAUUAAUGUAUUUGAUGGUAAUGAUUAUAGUCCUGUUACUAUCUUUAAUAUACCUUUAAGUGCAACUAACAAAGACAUAAUUGCUUUCUUAUUAAUUAAAUCGAACCAUAUUAAUACAAAACAUGUUGUAGAUGAGUUUCUUUUAUUAAACAAAGAGUCGUUUGACUUGCUAAAAACAAAAACUAUAUUAGAUCAAAAUGUUGUAUUUAUUGGUGAAUUAACAGGACUAAUUGACUUAGAUAGAGCAAACUUGUAUUUAGUUCAUAAACCCCAAUUUAAUUCUUUAGAUAGCAUAUUUAAAAAUUUGGCGAAUAAAAAUUAUGAUUUUAAAUCAGAAAAAAUAGAUGCUUUGAAUAUUAGUGAAGCAAAAGGAAGUCUUAUAUUUAAUGUUAUACUAAAUCAAAAUAAAAAAAAAGUUUUUAAUGUCACAAAUAUACCUUAUAAUAUGUACAUAAUCGAUCUUUUACGAUAUAUAGUUGGAUAUCAAAGAAAAUGGAUAUACAAAUUUGUCGAUUUUUAUAUAAUUAAAGGUAGUGAAAAACAUAUUUUAAAUGAUCAUUCAGGCAUUAUAACAUAUGGUAGAUCAGUUAGCGAAAUUUUUACGUUGUGCAAAAAAAAUGAUCCAUGUACUUUUCACAUAGAAAUUGGCUCUAACAAAGUUGAGGAUGUUAUAAAUAACAUAAUGGGGGAUAAAAUUGAUGCUUUUAUUAGCAGAAAUGCCAAUGAUAAUCAAAAAAACAAUAAGGAUACAAUCUUAAAUGAAUUAAAAAACAAAAUAAACUCAGAAGAGGACGACAAUAUGGAUAUAGAUUUGUCCGUAUUGCGUUUUGAAUUUAAUGCAGGAUUAUAUGAUAAAAAUAUAUUUGGUACAUCAACAAUUUCUAAUAUACCUAAAACUUACACAGUAGAAGAUGUUUUAAAAUACAUUAAAAAUGUGUUAAAGGAAGAUUGUAAAAUACGAAAUGCUGAAGAUUUAGAAUUAGAAAUAAAAAUUAUAUAUAAUGAUACAUAUUUAACUAUACCCAAAGAAUUAAAUAUAGAGUAUGUUAUAAAUUAUUAUUUUAUUAACACACCAUCUAUUGUAUCUGUUACAAAGGAUGAUAAUUAUGAAGAUCCUUUUAAUCUUAUUCACUUAAUUUUAAAUAAUACAAAAAUAGACAUGAAAAAUAAUGUAUUUGUUAAAAAGGAAAUCCCAUUAUAUGUAAAGAAAAAUAAUAACUUAGAAAAUAUAAAAUUAAAAAAUAUUCCAUUAUCAAUUACCGAAGAUAAUUUAAUUACUUACAUAAUAAAUUAUUUAACAAAAAAUUCAGAAGUUGUAAAUUUUAUGAGAGAUAAUACAUCUAUUUGUAUAUAUCCUGAAUGCUAUCCUGUAUAUAUACAUUAUGAUAAUAACCAACUAUCAUUUAUUGCUUCAUUGUCUUAUCAUAUAGCCUUAAGAAAUAUUAAUUAUAUAACAACAAUAGAAUCUUUUGAAAACUUUUAUGGUAAUAUGAGCCAUUUUGAAUUUGAUUUUUAUAAAUAUUCGCAUUUUAAUGGAUCUAAUAUAAGUAAUUAUAAUAAAGCUGACAUCAAAGAAUUAAUAAAUUUUGAUAUUACUAUUCAUUUCCCAACUAUUAUUAGAACAAUUCGAAUAAAAAAUUUUAAUAUUAAUAUGCAAAUGGAAGAUUUGUUUGCUAAAAUAUUUCAAUCUAUAACAACAAAUAGAUACAAAUGGAAAGAUUUGUUCACAUUUAUUGGGGAUGGGUCUAAAAUAAAUAUAUCUGAAGAAGGAAGCAAUAGACCUGAACAAGUAAUCGACACUUUUAAAGAUUAUUUAAAUGAAGGAAGUAAUUUAACAUUUAUUUAUAAACCUGAUAAUAAUGAUACUAAUAAUUAUAUUAUUCCUAGAAUAAUCUAUAUGCCAGUAUUGGUAAACUUUCAAACAAAUUAUAUAUCAAUAAAGACGGAAAUUAGUGAAUUUGAAAAUAGUGUAACGACAAUGUAUGGAUUUCCGGAUUAUUUAAGUCCUAGUUUUAUGCUAACAUUAUUGCAAUAUAACCUUUUUAAAAUACUAGGAAAAAAUUAUUUGUCAAUUUACGGAUGCUCAUAUGAUAGUAGUUUGUGUUCAAACGAAAGCAAUCUGUUACUAAAGAAUAAAACAUUUUAUGAAGAGAAUGUAAAAAAUGAUAGCUCUAAACAGGCUAUGAAAUUUGUAUUAAAAUUGAAAAAGAAAGACGGUAAAAAAGUGAACACAAUAAACGAUUUAGUUCCUCUUGAAUUAAAUAUAUCAUGCCAAGAAUUAAAAAAUGAUGAAGAUAUGGAAGAAUGUAAUGAUAUUAUAUCUUCUUUAAAUUCGUCUUCUAUAUUUUGGAGAAAUGGUAUAUUAGGAUUUAUAGCAAAUUCAAUAACCAUAAAAGAUUACUAUAAUAAUGCAUUAACAUUACCAUAUAUAGAUUACAGAGUAAAUGCGAAAAUAUUAAUUCAAAAUAUAUUAGAACAUAUAAAUAUAUUACCAUAUUUAUAUAAAUUAUUCGAAUUAUCUCAUAUUGAUAAAAAGUGUGUUAGUUAUAAAAAAGAGCUUAAAAAUACAGUACCCCAUAUUCAAUGUUUAUUAUCUUUCGGACUUAACAUAUAUUUUGAUAUACAUAACAAUGGAGAAUUAGAUAUAUAUAAUGGGUUUGAAACAAAAGAUAAUAAAUCAAUUGAUAUAACACAUAUAUAUUCUUUCCCUAAUUUAUAUGAACAUAAUUUUGCAGAAUUUUAUAUUUAUAAUGAUAAUAAGACAAGAUUGUUAGUAAAAAAUGCAUAUAAGUAUCUGACCGUUUCUAGUUUGUUAAAUGAAUUAUCUAAAGCUCGAUGCCGUAUUCAGGGAUUAAAAUAUGAUCAGAUAUCUUCUUUUUAUAAACUUGUAUAUGUAUUGGAUGACAAUAAAAUUGUAGAUAUUCAUCCAGAUGAAAAUGUAGAAUUUAUACAUAAAUUAGUUUUAAAAUAUUCACAAGAAAAAAUGAUAUUAAAAAUCGUAAAAAAAAAUCAUAUUUAUAAUAUAGAUAUACCAAAAAACAUGAACUUAAGUUGCUACCCCCCAUUAAUUGACCUAAAUAAAAAUUAUUACCAAGUUCCAAUAACUUUACAAAUAAAUGCUGAAAGUUUUAAUAAAUUAAAUGAUGAAUCAUUUCCAAGAAUAAUAGUUAAUAAUGUACCAGGAAACACUUUAAUAAUGUCUAUCAAAGAAUAUCUCGUUUCUUUGUUUAAAUCAUAUAUUAAAAGUAUAGCUGAUAGUAGUGUCAAUGCAAAUUUUUAUGAAUUUGAUAUUGAUAUGGUAAUUGCUAUCUAUAAUUCAACUAUAAAUAGAAUACAUAAAAUAAAUUCAAAUUCUUUACAAGACUUAACAGUAUCUAAGUUUUUUAAAACGUAUUAUAAUGCAUCAUUAGUAUUCCAAAUGGAAGAAAUUAAAAAUUUUCCAGAAUAUGUAUAUGAUGAAUUUAUUAGCAACUUUUCAAAGGCUACUAUUGAUUUUUCGAUUUCUAUCUUCUAA